AUGGCUCUGAACAAUACCUUGGGCGCUCUCAUGCGCGGCGUCAUGUACCGCGGGGUUCCCGGUGAGAUGACCGUGGAGAACAUUCCCAUGCCCACCAUCCUCAACCAGACCGACGCCAUAGUCCGCAUCACGACUUCCGCUCUAUGCGGUUCUGACCUCCACGUCUACCGCGGCUACCAGGGCGGUGCUCCCCCGUGGAAUAUGGGACACGAGGCCAUUGGCUACAUCUCCGAGCUUGGGAGUGCAGUCUCUGGGCUUGAAGUCGGUGACUACGUCAUCAUUCCUGACACGGUGAACCACGGUCGGCUUGAGAUGGAGCCCGCCGGUUUGGAUUUCUAUGGCAAUGGAGCUGUCAUCACAGAUGGUCUCCAGUGGGAUACGGUAGCAGUCUUUGGCUCUGGCCCGGUUGGACUCAUGGCAGCAUACUCCGCUACUCUCCGAGGCGCCUCGAGAGUGUAUGUAAUAGACCACGUCCAAGCAAGGCUCGACCUCGCCGCCUCCAUUGGUGCAAUUCCCAUCAACUUCGCAGCCAGCGAUCCCGUCGCCCAAAUUAUGGCUUCCGAGCCGAACGGAGUUAUGCGUUCCGUCGACUGUGUUGGUAUCGAGGCUCUCAACUCGACCUUGGAGCACCAGCCCAACAUCAUCCUGGAUCAGAUGGUCAAUCUCACCCAUAUCGGCGGCGGCAUUGGUCAAGUCGGAGUGUACAUGGCGCAACCAGAUUCGCCCGGCUCCCCUCUAGGAUCCACAUUUUCUCCCAUCGCCGAGUUCCCUCUGUCUGACUUCUUUGGCAAACGACUGAAGUUUCAAGCUGGUCCCGUCGACCCCAAGCUAUACGCAACGAUGCUUGUGGACCUUAUCAGCAGCGGCAAGGCAAGCCCUCAUUUCAUCGCUUCGGCGAGUAUCUCGAUUGAGGAUGUGCCGGCCUACUACGCCCGGUUCAACACCCAUGAUGAAGUCAAGGUUUUCAUUAACUUUCCUUGA